UCCUCCUCGUCGAUAACGAUCUCCGACGUGAGUGAGUCCUCUCCAUUUUCCUAUUGUUCUUCGCUUAAUUGUUUGGAAUGUUGAUUUGUUGAUGGAAGCUUCUUUAGAUUUGAUUUCACAAUCUCUGAGCUAAAGAUUCUUGAGUUGGAAUUAAGAUGCCUCACAGAACAAGGCCAUUGAAGGGACUCUUGCUUUUCACUGGAAUAAACUUUGUGUUGGUGCAGACCAUUACUCCUGUCUAUGAUUUUGUCUGCUUCUUGCCUUACUGGGAGAGAAGGAGAGAGCGAAUCCGGCAGGAGCGUGAAGCGGUGGCUUCAUCCUUACACAGCACAAACUCAACAUAGCAAGCUACUCAAGCAUCUGUUGGAUGAUGAACUCUCGUCUACAUCUUCUCAAUCUCUUAAUCAGAAUUCCUCUUUGUGAGAAACUAGUUACCCUCUGAUUACUGAGAAGGCAUAUUCACAUUUCUGCUCUGAGCUUAGAUUCAUUAGUAGCAAAUCUUGAAAGUUUAUGGGUUGUUUUAAAACACGUGCCUUAAUCGUAGAUACUUACAAAGAUUAAAGUGUCUUGGUUUUU